UCGGAGUGCGGUGGCUGAGCCUCGAGUUUCUGGGGCGAUAGUGGCGGCUGCGCUUGCUGCAGCUGCCGCGGGCGCGGCCGACGACGACGCGCUGGAACUGUUCGGCGACUUUGACGGCGACGAGCCCGCCGAGCCAGAUGCCCCCGACGUGCCAGGACCCCCCGAACUUUGGGAGCUCGCGCUCGCGGGCGAGUCGGAGGAGCGGCCGCCGCUACCAGCGGCAGAAGGCUCGCUCGGCUGGGACGUCGCGCAGCUCGUCGAGCAGGUGAGCGCGAUCUCAGCGGCGAACGGGCGCGACCCAGCCUUCUUCAACGUGAGGCAGCACCAGAUGGCGAACUACUGGCUCGACGAGAAGGCCAAGACCCUGCCGUUCAGUGAGGAGUGCGAUAAGUUCAAAGUGCAGCGGAGGACGGCAGAGGCAUUCUUGAUAGCUACGGCCAGCGCGUGCAACGUGAUGCAGCAGCGGGACUGCAAAUCGAUGGCUCGGCAGCUGGUGGACAGCAUUAUCAGGCGCGGAGGCCGAGCCAUCAGCUGGACGGAGGCAGUGAGGUACGACGAGACCCCCAUGACCAUGCGGCUGACCGACACCGAGAAACGCGACUUAGAGAAGCAGCAGCCCCAGUUGCAAGGACCUGGACAAGACGAAGACGGAGCUGUGCAGAUGGUGCCGAUCAGCGCGAGUUGCAAGAGCACCCACGUGGCCAAGAUCCUCAACACCGAGCGCAUGUACUCCAUGCUCUUCCACCUGCCUGCCGAGGGCUACUUCGCCGUUCGCGUGCCGUUCGGGACGCCCGUCCAGUCGCUGAGCAGGACGACUGGCGAGGUGCUGCACGACGCGCUCAUGGCGAGCCAGCCGCCGAUGGACGGCGUGCCGCAGAGAUUUGAUCGACGUCAGCGGCUGGUCACUACCGACGGCGCAGGCGGCAUCACCAGGAUGGAGCGGAACCUAGAUCGUGAAGCGGGUGACAGUUGCGACACGUUGAAGCUGAAGUGCGAGGUCCACAUGGUGUACAAAUGGUUCAAAGCAGCGUUCCUCCACACGAAGCACGACACCAGCUCGAUGGUUCACGUUGCGAAGGCGCUGCGCAGUGGCGACGCCAUGAGAUCAUUCAGGACCACGCUCAGGCAAGUCAUCUCGGACACGCUCAGGUACCACAGGCAGCGAGCCCCGUCCGCCGUCGACACCAACUACAACAAGAUGUGCUUAGACCUGUUCCUCGAGGACACCUCCCCGCACAGGCGCAUGAAGCGAAGCGUGAUCCUCUCCUUGGCGAAUGGGCGCUGGUCGAACAGGCACGUGGUGGAGCAUUGUUGCAACGGGUGCUGUCUGUCUCGCAAUGAUUGCUUGUCGAAGUUCACGACUCUCUUCGUCGCGGCCGUGGCGGCGACCGACCCGAAGGUGUGGCCCGACUCUAGGUGGACGGGCUUCGACCACAGCGUCGACUGGAUGGGCGUCCUGGAGUCGUGCCACGGCUUGCUCACGCGCGCAUUCCUCAAGUGGUCUGGCGUCAAGGUUGACAAGCUGAAUUCCGACGACGUCGCAGCAGGCAUGCUGCCCCUGGGCGACGGCGACUACGGCCAUGGCGCGGGUGACGGCGCAGUCCUCGGCGACCCAUCAGGCGGCGAUGCAGGAGGCGAUGGUGGCGGCGAUCGCGGCGACGGUGGAGCGCAGAAUGCCGCAGAGGACGACCGCAGGAAGGAGGACUCGAAGCAUCGUUUCUUGGGUGCGAAGUGGCUGUUCAACUCAGGCCCGCAGUCGCGGCUAGUGCUUAUCAGGCAAGUGCUGAGGCCCCUCGUGAGCAUCAUGGGCAAGUACAUCGGGAAAGCCGGCCUAAACAAUGACAAGUUGGUUGAGUUCCGCAAGCUCCAGAAGCUCUCAGGCAUUGAUGUCGACGUAGAGUGCGACGUAUUCACCGUUAUCGCUGCGUCCAAGUUCGUGCUCGAGGACGAGUUUUUCAAUGCGCUCAAGGACAUCAUGACCACCGAGUCGUUCUGGGCCGUCAUCCCGCCGAGCUAUCGUUUGCACAGCCUUCGCACUGAGGCGUUCGUGAUGUUGAGCCAGAUCGGCUGCCUCUGCCACGAGCUCAAGACGCUGCACGGCGGGCAUCCUUUCAAAAUGUUUACCCUGUUGGACGGGAACUGCGGCGACAUCCUGGGCGAGUGCGAUGACAUGAAGGACCGCUGGAGCAAGGCUCUCAUCGCGAAGUACGCCGAGUCCAAGGACGGCUUGCUACCCCCAGACCUGAAGGCGGAGCUCACGCACGCCGCAUUCCUCCUCAAGCGCGAGACUGUCAGCAUUGAGGCCAGCCACGCGGCCAUCAGGAGGAGCCUCUGCGCGCUGAGCGUACAGACCCACUCGCUGCACAUCAAGCGCCUUUCUGCCCUGAGAAGCUUGCAGCGAUUCCGCACUCGGCGGCGUCGUUUGCGCGAGGGGUGGGCUGGCAAGGUGAUCAAGGGCGCCAAGCAGAAGGUCGUCAAAGAGAAGCCCGCACCUUCGAAGCGCCAGUUUGGACAUGGAGGUGCAUGGAGGGCGUUCGUUCGGCAGCGGACGCUGGGCCAGAAGGGCAGCCCUGAUUUCAAGUUGCUCUCGCAGGAGUACCGCGAGCUCACGCCAGAUGAGAAGGUGAAGCUCAAGGAAGUUGGGAAGACUGCCACGCGAGCUGCGAGGGCUGGCAACAAGCGGCCGUUCGGAGACAAGACGCGCCAGCUGCAGCGAUCAUAUAUGAAGUCCGUCGCUGAUACAAUGGUCAAGGACAGGAUGAAGGAGAGGGUCAUCACGGAGGGCAUCGCCGCGUGCUCGGCCAGCGGGGAGCUCGCCAUCGCCGCUGACGACGGCGCCAUCUAUAUGAAGACGAUGAGCUCCACGGCCCUCGCCGACAUUGCCGAGGUCCGCAAGGCUAACCGUUUGGAGCAGCAGUGCCGCGCGGAGGAGAAGCUCCACAUCAGCAAGGCGAUGCAAUCAUGGUGCGAAGGAGCGGGCGUGGACUCGAGGGCGGCGUGUUUGUCCGACGAGGCAUUCCACAGGCUCGAGGAGUUCCUGCCCGUCCCAUUCCCAAGCACGGAGCUCAAAGUCUUCGAAUGGGAGCCGAUGGACGUCUUGGAUCGAGUGAAGCGCGGGCUAUCAAUAAAUCGGCACGUCAUUGCAGACGUCUUCGCCGCCCUCAUUACAGUCUGGGAUAAGAUCCACGACACCAUCGACCACGUGCCGAAGCCCGACUGGGACGUGAAUGACGAUGCGGGUAUCCCGAGCUGCAUGGAAGCAGGCAUGUGCGUAUGCAGCGGCCAUGGCAUCGAUGUUGGCAAGAUCGUGAAGAACUUCGACAGCGCGCUGAAGAAGGCUGUGCCAGUCGGGAAAGUCAGGAAAGAUGUUCUGGUGCCUGGUUUCAUCGUGGUCUGCGCCUUCGGUCAGCGCCAGCCCACCGAGGACGAGGGGGACGAGGUGGACAUCCGCACGAGCGGCCUCGUCGAGGGGCUGCCCGUCGUCGAGAGCAAGUGGCUGCACGUCGGGAGCCAGAGCCUCUCGCCUUGGCGGUCGUGCUUCCACCGCCUUGCUGUUGAUCAAUAUGAGGAAGGGCUCGUGGCGCCGUGGGCGCGGCUGGUGGGCACGCUUGACUUUACCACGCCAUGGCAGGAGUUCAAGGAGUUCGACAGGGACCUUCGGUGGUCUGUAUGUGUGUACAACAUCAGGGAGAAGAUCACGCCGCUGGGGACCAUCGUGCCGAACGUCGUCGAGGUCAGGUUGCAGGAGGAGGUCGAGAAGCCGAGCGUGCCGACACGCAGAGUCAUUUGGAAGCCCAAGUGGGCGAAGUGGAGGAAGACGCCCGUCAGAUCAGGCAAGAAAGACGUGGACUUCAAGUCGGGGUGGGGCUUC